AUGCGACUACAACUGCACAAGUCAAACAGUACGUUCUUCUCCGGCAUGGACAUCAAUCGCGCCCAACUUCUCUUGAACUUGUUUCCUCGUCUUCCACGCUGGGCACCUGAGAUCGGGACAGAUAUACCGGAUGCCAAGAAGGUUGAAAGAAUUGCCAGCGUUGCACUUGGUGGCACAUCCUGUGUCUUCAAGCGAGAAAUUAAACCCCUUCAGCGAUACGAAAUCUGGUCACGGGUCUUAUCUUGGGACGCUAAAUGGCUUGUGCUGGUUACCUACUUUGUCAAAGCAGGAACGCAUAAGCGUGUGAUGCGGAGCUUGCGAACGGGAGAAGAAAACCAGGACGGAUCAGAAGCUCAGAAGGCGAUCCUUGCCGUGGGUGUGAAUGUGUUCAAGGAUGGCCGGCGGACGGCCCCUCCCCAGGAGGGUUUGAAGCAUAUGGGUCUGUAUCCUUCCAUCACCACGGAAGGAGACGGCCACGGUAUCUAUUCCAGCUUGAGACAACCAGGGUCAGAUGUGGUUGGGUUCUUCGGUUCAUUGGAUUCGCUGCCCUCCCAAUUUGCCGAUGCAAGUUCAUCGAUCCUGGGACACUACAGUGAUUUAUAG